AAAGUGACAUUGCACAUGACAUUUUCACUCCCCUUAUUUUUCUUUUUCUUUUUCUUUUUCUCACCUCUUAAGCAUUUUCAUAAUUUAUUUCUCAUGUCUUCAACUCAAGAUAAACGCAUCGAACAAGUAGGCAAUUAUAUCAUUCAAAAUAAAAUUGGACAAGGCUCUUUUGCCACAGUAUAUAAAGCGCAGCAUAAAGUGAAGUAAAAAAAGGGAGUGGUUCAUGAGUUACUUAUGCUAGAGUAUGUUAGGAUACCCAACAGACAGUGGCUAUUAAAAGCGUCAAACGAUCCAAAUUGACAAAGAAAUUAUUGGAAAAUCUUGAAUCAGAAAUCUCUAUUCUUACUUCUAUACGACAUCAAAACAUUGUUGGCCUAAUUGAAUGUCAAAAAACGGAUACCAAUAUCUUUUUGGUGAUGGAAUUCUGUUCUUUAGGAGACUUGUCACAUUAUAUUAAACAAAUACGCUCACAUAAAUCAACAAAAGGUUCAGCAGGUGGAUUGCCAGAAAGAGUGGUGCGUCAUUUCCUAAGGCAAUUAGCGAGUGCCUUGCAAUUCUUGAGAUCACAAAACUUGAUUCAUCGAGAUAUUAAGCCUCAAAAUUUAUUAUUAACACCCGAUAAGGAUGAUUUACCAUUGUUAAAAGUAGCUGAUUUUGGAUUUGCACGCUUUUUACCUAAUGCAAGUCUGGCUGAUACCCUCUGCGGAUCACCACUUUAUAUGGGUCCAGAAAUAUUGUCUUAUAAAAAAUACGAUGCUAAAGCAGACUUGUGGAGUGUAGGUGCUGUACUGUAUGAAAUGGUGACUGGAAGACCUCCUUUUCGUGCCUCAAAUCAUAUUGAAUUACUCAAGAAAAUCCAAGAAAAUAAUGAUCAAAUUCAUUUCCCUGAUGAAAGACAUCAUGACAUACAGAUUGGGAGUGAUCUUAAAGACUUGAUUCGUAAAUUACUUGUCAUGAACCCUGUAUCCAGAAUUUCUUUUGAUGAUUUUUUUAAACAUCCCGCUGUCUUGCCUGAACAACCCAUACCUAUUCAUGAUAGACCUCGCUCUUUACAAAGCACACCUCCUUCACCUAUUCAGUAUCAGCGUGCAGGUAGUUAUGAACCACCACCAUUUGCACAAAUGACACCCAGAAGCAUGUCUGAUCAACCUACUAGAAGAUGGUCCAUGGCACCCUUUGAGAGAAAGCAGGAGAAAAAGACAGGCAAAGAACUAGAAGACAUGUUACAGGAAUAUGUGGUGCUAGAUAUUCGCUCCAUCGAGACAAACCAAUUUGCAGAUGAACUCAAGGCAACCCCACACUCUAAAUCACCCACAGCUACACAUGCUGUCAAUAUACCAAACCAUAAUCGGAUAUCACCUUCAGCGUCUCCUUUUAUGCGAGAGCGUAAAUCAAGCACAGGGUCGGCGGGUUCUGCUCUUGCCAAAGCAAUCAGUAAAGCAUCGGUUCGGUUGUUUGGGACCAGUAUGCCAUCACCGCCCAAAGAUCAUCAUCAUUUGGUUGGGUCACCUCAUGGUUUCAUGUCAUCCCAUGAGACGUCAUCCAACCUAAAAACAAUGAAGAAAAUUGAGCGUUUGUCAUGUAUGGCACAUGCAGUGGCUAAAUACGGAGAUCAAAAAUACGAUGCACUUCAUCAGAAAGAAGACGUUUUGUUGGCUGAAGAAGCUGUGGCGCUCUAUGUCAAAUCAUUAGCGCUAUUGGAGAUGGGUUUAUUUAUUGCCCAGCAAUAUUGGCACCAACAUAUGAUUGAAGUAGAUGAAGAGGAACGAAAGAACAUGGCUACACCUCUAAAUGAUGCAGUUCAGUGGAUGCGAGAUAAGUUCAAUGAGUGUCUAGACCGUGCAGAAAGUAUCAAAGUAGAUGCUACAGAUGCUAUUUGUGUUGAGAAACUAUUGUACGAUCGAGCAUUGGAAAUGAGUCGGGCCGCAGCGGUUCAUGAAUUAGUAGGUGAAAAUAUUGCCGAAUGCGAGCAAGAUUAUCAAACGGCGAUUUGGAUGUUGGAAGCCAUCUUACAAGUCCGUCCUAAAGGAGAAGUAACUGUGGAAGCAGACGAUCGACGCAUUAUCAACAAAUUCAUCGAUUCUAUUCGUCAUCGCAUCACUGUUCUGCGAAAAAAAUUAAGUGCUGCGACGGAGCGUGAAUCAUAAACGUCUACACCAAUCAAAAUAAACAAAGCAUAGUAAAACGCCGCUUGUAAGUGGUUGAAUCACAGAUUACGGAGUUUUUUUUUCAUCUUUUAUUUUUUUUUAAAAUGAAAAUGACUAUCAAAGGGAGGAGGAAAAAUGAUCACUUUUGUCCCCUUAAAAGUGUCUGUGUCAUACAAAGUAUAAACAAACCGUCUAUAAAUGUGAAUUUGCGUUUAAUUUAUGUAUUUACAACGUGGUAUUCUUCUUUUGUAUUUAAAUGUCAGCUUUCAAAAAGCAAAUAGUUUGUGUUUGUAUGUUUCUGACUUGUUCCUACCCUUUUUUUUCUUAGUAUUUAUUCCUGCACACUAUAUUAUUUGGUAGACGGUUUAAAUUAAAGUAGAUGGUAGCAUAGUAGUAAUAGUAAAAAAAAAA